AUGCUAGUUGAAGCUAGUUUCUUGGUUGGAAUAUGCAACUCCAGAUUGGAGGUUCACGCACAGAGAGCUGCCUCGAAUCCAAGUCGGUUCGGCCGGGUAGUCAGUGAGAUUGCAGGAAUUCUAAUCGUUUCAGCAGUUUCGCUUGACGAGAUCAACCGCGCUGCCAUUACCAUCCAGUCCUAUCUGCCUUCGGGCUCUACAGGUUCCGCUUGUGUUGAGAAAGUGCAAAACAGAGGUUUUGCCGUAGUUUAUCGGAGGCAAAAAUGGAGUUUUGCAAUUUCGCAACACGGCUGUUGUGCCAAGCACGCGGGGCGGGGUUUCCGUGAGGCGCGUGCUUGGCACUGUUUUGACCAUUCCGGUCUUUCGUCAGCUAAGGACCCUCCCACCCUCCCGGAGUUGGGACUGCUGACGUCACGGGCAGAAGCCGCAUUAGGACUUGGAGAUCCUUGCUGGAAUGUCAAAAAUAGCGUCGAUGACGAUUGGAUAGCAGCGCUGUCGAGAAGAAAUGGGCAAGUCGCGCUGAGCCGCUUUCCAGAAGAGAAGUGA